GGCCCCAUGGAGUGCUACUACAUUGUCAUCAGCUCCGCGCACCUCAGCAACGGGCACUUUCGCAACAUCAAGGGAGUUUUCCGCGGCCCCCUCAGCAAGAACGGGAACAAAACUCUGGAUUAUGCUGAAAAGAAAAACACUAUAGCAAAAGCUCUGGAAGACCUUAAAGCCAACUUCUACUGUGAACUCUGUGACAAGCAGUACUAUAAACACCAGGAGUUUGACAAUCACAUUAACUCUUAUGAUCAUGCUCACAAACAGAGACUGAAGGAGCUGAAGCAGAGGGAGUUUGCUCGGAAUGUGGCAUCUAAGUCACGGAAAGAUGAAAGAAAACAGGAGAAAGCCCUCCAACGUUUGCACAAGCUAGCUGAGCUAAGGAAAGAGAGAACUUGUGCUCCUGGAAGUGGCCCUAUGUUCAAAUCCACUACAGUGACUGUGCAAGGUGAUUGCAAUGAUACCCCCAAAAGUGCUGCAGCAGAUUCUGCCAGAAGCCAGGAUUUCAGCUGCACCCUAAUGCACGACGCCCAGAAUUGCAAAGACAUUGCUCCUGUCAUUUCUACCGCCCCUGGAGAUGCAGGCAGUCAUCAAUCUGACCCUAACAAAUGUGGAGACCAGGUCCAAGGAGCUCAUGGACACAGAGUUGGGUUCUCCUUUGCUUUUCCUAAGAAAGCAGCAGUCAAACUGGAGUCUUCAGCUGCCGUUUUCUAUGAGUUCAAUGAGGAAACCUCCAUGGAGCACGGAUUUAGCAGAAGGAGCAGGUUUGUCCCAGGAACAUGUAACCUUCAGUCUCCUUCAGCAGCAGAAAUAGUUGUGUGCCCUGAGGAGAAGCACAGCUGUUUGCACCCACUGGGGGAGAAAUGCACAGACACAGCAGAAGCUCCUGAAGCUCCGGAGUCCAAGGAGCUGUCCAGCGAGGAGAGCAGGGCGCUGGAGAGCCCGGCUGUGCCUCCUGCCGUGCCCCACUCAAAGCUGGUGUCCCCGGACGCGGAUGGCCGCGGUGUGGAUGUCAGAGCGGCCGACUCAGGGGAGCGAGGCCUGCCCCUGGCUGCAGACAGCGCUCAGGUCCUGCCCCCGGACGGCAGCGGGCACGAGCUGCAGGCGAGCAGAGCGCCCGUGCAGGAGCCUGCGGGGGACCGCUCCUCCCUGCAGGGUGCUGCAGAGGAAAACUGCAAUGACAGCAACUGCGAUCCACCCGCGACGGAAACAGAAAUAAAAAACCUGGGGGCAGAUGCAGCAGCUCCAUCACUGUCCGAAGAAGGGGGGGGAGCCCCAAAAAGCAAACCAGACAUACACAAGAGACCCUGCCAACCCUUUGUUCCUGUUCUUAGCAAAUAUGGAUCAAAUGUUCUUCAGUGGCCAUCAGAAAUGUUAAUUUACACAAGUACAGACCCAUCAAUUUCUUACAGCUGUAAUCCUUUAUAUUUUGAUUUUAAGUCAUCAAGAGCCAGUGAAAGCCAAGAGAAGCCCAAGCAUCAACCAAACAUACCUCAUUUGCACCAUGAAAUUGAAUCUAACCAUAUCUUAGUCUCAGAUUUUACAAAAAGACCGACUUCAGAGUGUGGUGAUUAUGAAGUAGAAGUGGAUAAAAAUGUGUGCAACUAUACAAUACCCCUGUUUAGUGAUGUUUCCCUCUUCAGAGAUUGUGACCUUGCAAAAAAUCAAAACAAAGUGUCCUUGGAUGAGUCAUUCAGGAUUAGAAAAAUAGAGAAGUAUCACAUAUCUCAUAACCCCUUACGCCAAAACACUGUGAUAGAUGAGAAAUACAACAAAGUCUGGAUCAAAGAGGGCCAUGAAAAAUGGCUUCACAAAAACAGAAAACGGAAAAGGAGAAGAAAAUUGUGUCAUUGUCAUUAUCAUCACUGUGGAGACACAACAGUAGCAGAAAUGGAGAUGUCUCCAGUAGCUGAAAAAGAAGUUACUUACAGAGAUGAAAAUAAAUAUCAGCACCUCCAAAAUGCGGAGAAGUGCAGACAUGACACAGGAAAUAUCUGGUUAACUGCAGGUGAGGUGCAGCAGUCGCAGCCAAAAUUUGGCACUGAAAAUGGUCCUAAGAGAGUCGUGUCUGCAUCAGAUCACAUGCACUGGGGCAGAGGCUGGUGUGACUUUUGGAGUGCAAGAAGCAGCGGCCACCACCACGGCUGUAAAGGAGCACACAGAAGGAGCAAGGCGAGCUCCCGGAGGCAGGCGAGGCAGCUGGCUCUGAGCUCCAGGAGGCACAGCCCCCGGCACCCCAAAACCUGCUGCAGCUGGAAAGUCAGGAGGUCAAGCUGCAGCCCAGAGCAGAGAUGUUCAGGACAGUGCAGUGAGGAGAAGGGGCCGAGUCACAGCCAGCCCAUAAAGAGAGGUUACAGUGUUGUGACAGAAGAAACCCCAGAGAAGCCCCACCGCAAGCGGAGGCAGCACACCUACUCCUAUUCCUCUUCCUCGGAUGAAAGCUCAUCGCCAGCAGAGGAAUGCCUAAGGCAAGGACGUGCUUUGGGUGCCUAUCACAAGGCAAAGGGGAAACGCAGGAAAAGGAAGGCUAGAAUCCAUCGUGUCUUCCUUGACGGGAACGCAAGGAGCGAGAGCUCUGACUCUUCCAAAGAAAGUUCUGCGAAUUCUACGUUAAAUAUUUCAGGGGACUCAGUGGCUCAAGACAAUCUAGAGGAAACUAAUGCAGCUCCCAGAGAUGAUGAUGAUGAUGAUGAUGCAAAAGAGAGGGAUGAAACAAUGGAGCUGGAGGCAAGCAAGUCGCCUCUGGAAGCUGCUGGCCCAGAGGCGCUGGGAGAGGAUAAACCAGCGUGUGCAGCGAUGGAGAGCGCAGCGGGCACGCUGCCUGAUGCCAUCACAACCUCCGCCGCUCCGGCCCCCGAGCGCAGCGCUGCAGCGGCUGCUGGCACACAGGCCGUCCCCCCAGAGGGAAGGAAAAAGGAAAAUGCCGGCAGCCGUGAAAAUCAAGCGCGUUACAAAGCUCCCGUCCCCAGCAGGCCCCUGGAACAGACUCCUCCUAAGUCCUAUCUUUGCCAUUACGAGCUGGCCGAGCCCCUGCCGCCCCCCCCCCCCCCCCCCCCCCGCGCCGAGUGGGUGCCGUGCAGUCCCGCCGUGUUCAGCAGCCCGCCGCCCCUGCCCUUCAAAGAAGCACACCUCAGCACCUUCCUGAGCAGCGAGCAGCUCCGAGCCCCCUUCCCGCUGCCCGAGCAGGCGCUGCUGCUCCCCGCCGACAGCCGGGACAAGUUCAAGGAGCUGGUUCCCGAGCCCUUCCUGAAGGUGAAGCUGGCGUUCGCCCCGCCGGGCUCCGCGCUGCCGCCGCCGCCGCCGCCGCCGCUGCGCUCCGCCUCGGUGACCACCAUCCAGCACACGGUGCUGCAGCAGCAGCACGGCGCCCUCAAGGUGCUGCAGCCGCCGCAGCAGUUCCUGUCGCAGGUGCCGGCUCUGGCCCGGGCCCCUCUGGCCCAGCUGGGGCUGUGUCCCGCCGCUUUCGUGGCGCCGCCGCCGCUGCCGCUGCUGCCGCCCUCGGUGCUGCCGCCCGCCCCGCUCGCCUUCCCCGCGCUGCCGCACUUCCCAUCCCUGCUGGCUCCGGCCGUCAUCCCCCUGCAGCCGCUCUUCUAGGGCUCGGACCUUCAGCUGCAGCCCCCUCGAGCUUUUACUGGCGGCUGGACUGGUUAAAAUUACCUGGGAAGCAUUCGCUGUAAGUAUAGUGAUGCGACAAACAUACUGUUACUGAAGCAC